UAUUUUUUAAAUAUUAUUUCCCUAGGUGUGCACAAUCAAAAAGCUUUUUUAUGUACGUUCGCUUUCGCAACUGCAGUUAAAUAGAUGAAAGAGCGAGCAAUUAAAAUUCAACGAUAAAAAUCCAUCUGCAUAUAUUGAACCAGUAUUUUCAUAUCCAUUGUUUUUAUCAGUUCAUACAAAGUGUCAUCAUAACGUCUAUAUAUAAAACAGUAGACUGGGUUCCACGUUUGCGGGAUUACCCUGCUACAGAAUGAGUAUUGAAAAAAAGUUGUUAUUCCCAGAAAAAAUAUGUUUGCCUCGUAUUUUCCAUUAUUUAUUCUGUCAGCAUACCACAUUGAGUGUCACAUCAAAUCGAACUCGCAAUAUCAUUGAAUCAUAACACACAUGUGAUGCACGAAUGGAGAAUUCACAUUCACAAAAACAUCAAGACAUAAAAUCAAAACAUCGGGAAUGAACAUAUGCAAAAAAAAUGAUAGCACAAGUGAUCAGAGCCAUCGACAGUCAGCGUAAACUUUUUCCGGAAAGUUAUUCAAUCGACUCUCAAAAUACAUAUAAAUACUGCAACAAAUCGUUCGAUGAAAACAGUUCAACCGAAUCAUCCGUCCCAUCUUCCAAUAUGACUCGUAUCUCCGUAAGCAUCUUCAUUAUCUUCAUGGUGUAUACGAUGCUGUACACCGGAGAAGCAAAAAGUGUGUGUGGCCCCAAUGCGGAAUUACGAGUCUGUGGAGAGCUUUGCGAGCCAACGUGUGAACGUCCUGCGGAAAUAUAUUGCUUGCCAAUUGACCCAAACGCAUGCAAACGUGAGUGUCGGUGUUUGAAAGGCUACGUACGAAACAAAAAGACUGGUUCCUGCAUAAAACGAGAAGCGUGUCCGAAGUGUUAACCCGACAACUAAACUACCAGCUGAAACUUUCUGUAUUAUUAAUUAUAUUCGACAAUAAACUCUUUUAAUAACUUAUAAAAAA